AUGGCAACCGCACCAGCUUUGUAUGGAACUGCUGUCAGCACGUCCUUCCUCAGGACACAGCCAAUGCCGAUGCCAAUGUCAGCCACCACCACCACAAAAGCAUUUUCCAAUGGUUUUCCUGGUUUGAAAACCAGUCUCAAACGUGGAGAUCUUGCAGUCGCUUCUUACAAAGUGAAACUAGUUACACCAGAUGGAACUCAAGAGUUUGAAUGUCCAAGUGAUGUUUACAUUCUUGACCAUGCUGAAGAAGUUGGAAUUGAUCUUCCUUAUUCAUGCAGAGCUGGCUCUUGUUCUUCAUGUGCUGGUAAAGUUGUUGGUGGUUCAGUUGAUCAAUCUGAUGGUUCUUUCCUUGAUGAUGACCAGGUUGAAGCUGGUUUUGUUCUUACUUGUGUUGCUUAUCCUACGUCUGAUGUUGUUAUUGAGACUCACAAGGAAGAAGAACUCACUGGAUGA